AAAAUUUAUUAACCAAGUUUUCCUCCAGUUUUGCGAAUAAUUUACUAGCUGCAUUUUUGUAUCUUUAUACGUAUCCGUUUCCGUCACAAGUGUUUGAUGAUGACGAUUUACGUUUAUAUGGUUAGGCAAUUUUACAACAUGCCGUGGAGAGUGUGAGGUUGGCGGCUGCAGUGCAAUACAGGAUCGAUGAAGAUUAACAACAACCGUAGACAGGAUGUGUGGAUUUGUGCGCACGUAGCAUAAACAUUUAUUCGAAUCAAUCGUAACAGUGAACAUAUUGCCAGAAUUUCUCCCUAACAGUUAGCGUAGAAUAUCUUCAAUUAUAAUUCCGCAUAUGGCGUGCAGUACCUGUAAUUGUUUUUGGUAAACUAGUCCGCUAUAUAGUGCAAGUUUACGCUUAUACGUGUUAUUUAAGCUAACGUGACACCAUGGCUGCGCUUCCACCACGCAAAAACCCGACACCUACUAAAAUUUCCAAGCAACACCUAACGCCGUUGCAAAUAUUGCUCCAGAUGGGUUUUCCCAAGCAUAGAGCCGAAAAAGCUCUGGCCGCUACCGGAAAUCGUGGUGUUCAGCUCGCAUCCGAUUGGUUGCUCGCACACGUGAACGAUCCUUUUCUGGACGAAUGUGCACCGCGCGAGUACAUACUGUACGCUUGCCCUACCGGCCCAUUUCUCCAGCAGCUGGAAAACUUUUGGGCCCAAUCGAGAGAAGCGUGCGGUUGGAACGGAGCACACAACUUUACGCCCCACAUCACACUCGUUUCAUUUUUCAAAGCUCCCGACGAGUGUGCACCGCAGCUGUCGAAAGCGUUGAAGGAGCUAAUGAAUCUUCCCGGUGCCCGUAUCGAUCGACCGAUCGGGCUGGAGUUGUACACAAGCCCAAAUUUUAUGGGCUUUUUCGUCGCUGAGGACGAUGCCAACUAUCUCAAACGGCUCGCGUUACAAUACGUUAAGGAAGUGUCCCAUUCAAUAAUUAGUGACACCUAUGAACAGCUAGAUGCACUGGUAACCUGUUUCCCGUGGUGCGGGGGCGUAACUUCAGCUCGAUGUAUACCGCGUAGCAGUCGAUCUAUAUCGCUCGAACCGCACGUCAAAUCAUUGCAUCUUACGUUGGCAUACCAAUUUCCAUCUGGUCAAUUUAAUGCUCUGAAAACUUUGGUGGAAAGUUUGGAUACAUGCUGCACGGAUGCCAACUGGGAACUGCGCCUGUACUCGCGCGAUCCUCGCCUAGUCUCGAAGCAGGUGCACAAGGUGCUUUACCCCCAUACGCCACGUGAAACGGACGAGCUAGAACUGCGUAUCGGGGAUUAUAUCUAUCUGAACCCGGAAGCAAUACAGGCAUCUUCGGACGGUUGGGUUGAAGGUAUAUCGUGGCUAACCGGCACCACCGGCUAUCUGCCCGAAAACUAUACCGAACGGACGGCGGAAUCGGAUGCGUGGACGAUGCACCGUACAGUGCCACUGUGUGACACGCGUGUGCCAGACGAAAUAUCGGACAUGGUGGACGGAGUGCCAAAUACUAGUACACCAAACGUGCUACCGGAGGCAAAUAAUGGAGCAUCACCUGCGUUAGUGUCUGUAGGUCAGAGCGAAUCGCUGCCAGACUCGGUGGUAGUAACGUCGGACAAACCGCAACCUGCAACGGAACAACAAACGGCAGACGAACAGAACAGUGGCAAGAUGUUCGGUGGGACCAAAUCGUUGGAUGACAUUCCGCUGGAAAAGCUGCACGAAUUAGUGAAAAAGCGCACCAACAUGCAGGUGAUCCCCGGCGAUGAAGGUGCCCAGUCGCAAACGGGUUCGAAAACGCAAUCAAGUACCCGGAAGGUGUACAUAAUGCGUCAUGGCGAGCGUAUCGACUUUACGUUUGGCACGUGGGUUCCGUACUGCUUUGACGAGGCAGGUAACUACAUCAGAAAAGAUCUGAAUAUGCCGAGAACGUUACCCGCACGUAAACCUAGCCUUUGGAAAAGGGACUCACCACUAACGAAUGUUGGUCGCUAUCAGGCCCUGCUCGUGGGCGAAGGCAUGAAGGAUGCCGGAGUUCGCAUAGAGAAGGUGUACUGUUCGCCCUCGUUUCGAUGCAUUCAGACGGCCACUUCAGUUUUGGAGGGGCUCGGAUUAAAAGCUACCCUGCCGAUCUGCAUCGAGCCCGGUCUGUUCGAGUGGCUAGCCUGGUACCAGGACGGGAUCCCAGAAUGGCUUUCGAACGAAGAGUUGAUUGCUGCCGAUUAUAACAUUGCCACAGACUAUAAGCCCAUGACAACCGCGGAAGAUCUGAAGGAACAAUUUCAUGAGAAGCUGAGCGAAUUUUAUUGUCGCAAUUCGGACAUUGCGGAAUCGAUCAUCAGCACCACUGAGGGAAAUGUGCUGAUCGUUGGACACGCAACAACGCUGGACACGUGCUCGCGUUUCAUCAUCGGGGAAAAGAUCCGUUCCACCAACGAUAUGGGCAGAAUCAUGCAAAAAGUUUCCUACUGCAGUUUGGCAGUGAUGGAGUCGGAUGGAACGGCGGGAACGGCGGGUGACGCUGAUUCCAAGAACAGUGUUAAGGGCCACUGGAAGCUUGCGGUACCACCGUGCGAUCCAGUAACGCAUACUAACAACAAUCGCUUCGACUACAAAGUACUAUCGGAUAAGCUGUAAAGCGACUCGUGAUGCACGUCUAUUGGGUUUUGAUGCAGCAAUUGUCUGCAACAGGACAGUGGAAUGCGAGAAAUGUUACUAUAAACUACACAUUUUGCCUGUUAUUUAAAUACAUAAUAGACUAAAGCUAGGUUACGGAUCACUACUUGCUGUCGGUAAAGGUUUGGAUGUAAUAUGUAUAUGUUUAAUCCUGCGUAUGAUGAAAGUAGUAAUCACGAGUUCUUUAUUGUUCCUCCUUACUGCGAUCAAGAAGCAAUGCACGCAGCAGAAGAAAAGGGCCACUACAAAACUUGUAACAAACGCAAAUUCGCUUGGUUUUUCGGACGCGAGAUGAGUCAAAUCAUGCUUUCGAAUUGACAAUAAGAUAUUAAAAGAGUAUGAUCUCACUUGCUCACCACAUAGAAGUAUGCACAUUUCUAUUGAAAUGAUACGCUGUAAGCUUGACCGAUACCAGCCCGUUGUUUAAUCGAACUUUUGCUCAUAAUUUGCGUGCAUGGAAAGGAUAAAUGAAUAAAAGGGGCAAACCCAAACCGCACUUUGCUCAACGGUUUACACACAGUCUUUAACGGUCGCUUCGCUUAGUAGCUUACUCAAUUUAUUUAUAUAUAUAUAUAGCAAGUAAAUAACAAAUGUGCGCUUACGUCAGUUUAGGCUUCGUAAUAAAACUGAACUUUGUCCCGGUAACUUGUUCGACCCAGUAGCAUCCAAAUAGUAUUGCUGUCCCAUGCCAAAAAGCUGUCAAAACCCAGGCAUUAAACCUCGUCGUUUUAAUAAAGCAGUAUUCCGCAUCCCUGUUUUACCCGUCGCUAUUUUGUGUUCCAUUCCUACUGGCUCUACUUUUGCACACGACACCAUUAUCUUAAAACGAUUACCCGUCCACUCUUACCCACGCAUCUUGCGCCGUGUUAACCCUUCGUUCGAAAACCAUUUCUGUUGACUCACACAACCAUCUCGUGAUUCACCACUGGAACGGUUGGUUGGGCUGAUUUUCAGAACAAAGACACAAUUAUUACGCAGCGAGAUUCAAUUGUGAUUCAAAUGGUUAA